AUGACAAGCGAUACAGCAACGGAAGUAACCGACGACAUGUUUGAUAUCAUGAAGUCGGCUUCGCGUAAAGAUGACGUGUUUGGCAUCGAUCCCUCUGUGAACGAGCUGGAACAUCAUGUUGCCAAACUGUUUGGCCACGAGGCAUCCUUGUUUUGUGCCUCGGGAUCCAUGACCAACCAACUCGGUUUGCGAACCUUAUUAACCCAACCACCUCAUUCUGUCCUGUGCGAUUCUCGUUCUCAUAUCUAUCUGUAUGAAUGCGGAGGAUUAGCCUACCAUUCACAAGCUGGUUUGACGCCAACAUUGCCAAAAAAUGAACUCUAUUUGACUGCUGAGGAUGUACAAGCAAACAUAGUAACCGACGACUUAUGCGGUGCACUGACAAAAGUGAUUGCGCUGGAAAACACGCUGAAUGGCACCGUCAUGCCCUUGGAUGAAUUGCAACGAAUUCACACGUUUGCGCGAAAGCAAAACAUCAAACUCCAUUUAGACGGUGCGCGUAUUUGGAACGCGAGCCAGGCCACAGGGGUCGCACUUGCAGACUAUGGCCAGCUGUUCGACACGAUUUCGGUGUGCGUAUCCAAGGGCGUGGGUGCACCGAUCGGCUCGCUUGUGAUUGGCUCAAGCGAGAUUAUCAGAAAAGCACGACACCUGCGCAAGCUGAUGGGUGGUGGUUGGCGACAAGCGGGUUUACUUGCCAAGGUCGCUCACCAUUGUAUUGAUACGGUUGUGCCUACGAUGCCAGAAACACACCGGCUGACCAAAAAGCUGGCAACCAAACUAGAGGCACUCGGCAUGCGGACCCUGUUGCCCGUGGAUACUAAUAUGGUGUUCCUAGAAACAGCGCCGCUCAGUAUCGUGGAACUGGCAGACGCGCUGCAUGAACACAAUAUCGUGAUCAGUCGCGACGAGGGGUCGGUCACGCGUCUCGUGCUCCAUCACCAGAUCGACGCCAAGGCUGUGGACGAUUUUAUCAGGGUCGCAUCCAAGCUAGUGCAGGCCAAGGUGGAUGCAAAAUUCUCGUUGCCGCCCUCAUCCAAAGAGGCUGUGGACAUUUCAAAAGCAUAUCCCACUGCAUCUGUAAAGCUGUAA